AUGGAAAUUUAUCCAGAUGUUUGCAAAAAUGCAUCGAAUUUAUUGUUGCUUCUGCCACUCAUCACAUCAUCAACGUGUUUCCAGCAUGGCAACUUGAAGUGCAGCGAACAGACGCCCGUCUCGCACGGUACCCAAGGUCAAGUAACAACGGCGUGGGAAGCCAUUCGUUUCGUUCGAGAAAUCCCUGCGUUCAGGAAGUGUCGUGAAGACGAGUUGCUAAGUCUGGGUAAUGUUUCUGCCCACUUAUCCGAGAGAUAUUUCUCCUUGGCCCUUGAACAUUGGGAACGCUUCGAGCAGCCAGGUGAACGGGAAGAGCUCGAAAAGUCGAUCGAGCACGAUCGUGCUGCUCUCAACCUUCGUGCUGUAGGACAUCCCAAUCGUUCAGGUUCGUUAUGCAACCUUGCAGUUUCUCUCUUAAGGCAAGGUACGAACGAUGGGGAAAAAAUAGAAGAUCUAGAAGAAGCCAUCGAGUUGGAACAAGCCGUUCUGGAUUUUCGCCCCAAAGGUCAUCCUGGCGGUCCAAUCUCCUUUAAUAACCUUGCAAGUUCCUUGAUUAUUCGAUUCGAGCAGCACGGACAGAUAGAGGACCUCGAGCAGGCAGUUACAUUGAACCGAGAGGCCUUGGAGCUUUGCCCAGACAACCAUCGACAUCGUUCUCAGUUUCUGACUAGCCUUGCAACUUCUCUGCGCAAACGAUUCGGGCAACACGGAAGGACCGAGGACCUUGAUGAUGCCAUUGCAUUGCAUCAAUAUGCUUUACAGCUUCGCCCCGAAAGCCAUCCUCUUCGUUAUAUAUCUCUGAACAACCUUGCAACGUCCCUGCAGACGCGAUUUGAGAAGUACGGAAGAGCUGAGGACCUUGAGGAGACAGUCAAGUUGAACCGAGCUGCUCUGAAGCUUCUCCCCGAAAGCCAUUUUUCUUAUUCCUUAUUGUUGAACAACCUUGCAAGUUCCCUACGAAUUCGAUUUGAGCACAAUAGAAAGACAGAGGAUCUUGAGGAGACGAUCGAGUUGCACCAAGCUGUUCUGGAACUUCGUCCUAUGAGCCAUCUCCAUCGCUCGGCGUCUCUGAGCAAUCUUGCAAACUCCUUACAGUUUCGAUUUGAGCUGAGUGGAGGAAUUGAGGAUAUUGACAAGGCAAUCGAGUUGCACCGAGUUGCGCUGGAGCUUCGUUCCGAAGGUCAUCCUGAUCGAUCAGGGUCUCUAAACAAUCUUGCACUUUAUGAGCUUUUGAACGAAGCUGCUCUGGAGCUUCGCCCCAAAGAUCAUCCGCUUCGUUCACAGCCUUUGGGCAACCUUGCGAAUAUCCUGCGCAUCCGAUUCUGGCAACAUGGUCGUGCCGAGGACCUUGACAGGGCAAUUGAAUUUGAUAGAGAUACCCUUAUGCUUCAUCCAACAGGCCAUCCUGAUCGCCCCGAGUCUCUGAGUAACCUUGCAGCCACCCUGCUUACUCGAUUUAAUCAGUAUGGGCUGUUUGAGAACCUUGAGGAGGCAAUUGAGUUGCAGCAGGCUGCUCUGGCUGUCUGCUCCAAGGGCUAUCCUCAGCGUUCGUUAUCUCUUGAUUGCCUUGCAAAUUCCCUAAAGACUCGAUUUGGACAGCACGGAAGGAUCGAGGAUCUUGACAAAGCAAUCGAGUUGCAUCGAGCUGCUCCGGAGCUUCGCCCCGAAGGCCAUCCGCUUCGUUCAUCAUCUCUAACGAAUCUUGCGGGUUCCCUACACGCUCGGUUUGCGCAGCGCGGAAAUAUAGAGGAUCUUGAUGAGGCUGUUGACUUAGAGCGAGCUGCCGUGGUACUUCGCCCUGAAUGCCAUCCUGAUCAUUCUAUGUCUCUGCACAACCUUGCAGUUUCCUUACACACUCGAUUCAUGCAAUAUGAAAGGACUGACGAUCUCGAGGAGGCAAUCGAUUCGUAUCGAAAUGGCAUAGACAAUAGAUUCGGAGGUGACGAUGAACGCGCUUUGCCUCUAAGUAACCUUGCAAGUUCCCUACAUGCUCGAUUUGAGCAGCAUGGCAGGAACGAAGACCUUGACGAGGCACUCAGGUGGCAUCAAGCUGCCCUAGAGCUUUGCCCUACAAGUUAUCCUUAUUGCUCUAUGUUCCUGGAUAACCUUGCAAAUGCACUAAAUACUCGAUUUGAGCAGUACGGAAGGACUGAAGAUAUUGACAAGGCGUACAUCAAGGCUGAAGACCUUGAGGAGGCUAUCAAGUUGCACCGAGCCGGCCUGGAUCUUCGCCCUGUAGGUUAUGCACUUCAUUCUACGUCGCUGAGAAACCUCGCGAAGUUCUUAUUAAUCCGAGUCGGGAGACAAUGGCAUGCGGAAGAGUUCGAAGAGUGUAUAAUAUUAAUGGAGCUCGCAGCUACUCAUACAUUCUCGGGACCGUUAGAGCGCCUUUCCGCUUCGCAUCGUUGGGUAGAAGUCGCGCGAUCGCACGACCACCGCACAGCUUUUUCGGCUUGCAGGACGGCAAUAUCGAUACUUCAACGUGCUCUCACCAUAAAUCCAACUCUCCGCGAACAACAUGACUUCCUUAUCAAGAAGAGUCGCUAUAGAAUGCUCACUUUGGAAGCCGCUUCCUUCGCAAUAGAGAAAAAUGACCUGCGACAAGCCGUCGAGAUGCUUGAGCAAGGAAGAGGCUUGUUGUGGUCGCAGUUGCGCGGUUUCGGGACGCCUUUAGACCAGCUUGCAGAAACACAUGGAGAGAUCGUCGACAGGUUUAAGAAUAUUAGCCGUCAGUUGGAGGGUCUUGCAACGUCGCACGAUGAGUUAUUGUCUGGUUUAACUAUGCCCAAAUGUGGAUCACUUGGGCUGGACAAGCGACGAAAAUCAUUCGACGAGGUAUUCAAAUUAAAGAAUCAACUUUCCAACAAACUGGAGGAAAUUAUCAACGAAAUUCGACGUGUUCCGGGGUUCGAGAGCUUCCUAGAAGCGACGCCGUUUACAGAACUGCGACAGGCAGCUUCCGAGGGACCGGUGAUCAUGGUAAACCACUGCAGAUAUCGUUCGGAUGUCCUCAUUAUCCUCCCUCGUGAUGAAUCACCCGUUGUCUGUGUUCCGUUGGAUGAAGAGUUCUACGCAGAUAGCAAUCAGGUGUGCAACCAGCUUCUGGAAACGCGCCGACAGUUUGGCGCUGAUUCGCUGGAUUAUGACAAGAAGCUGCGCGAGGCGAUGAAGAUGUUAUGGGGAACGCGAAUCUGGUGGUGUCCAACUUCAACAUUAUCUAUGCUCCCUUUCCAUGCUGCAGGACCAUUCGAAGAUGCAGAUGCGAUCCCAAAAUACUUGUUGGACGUUUAUGUCUCGUCAUAUACGCCAACAUUAGGGGCCCUUAUCAAUGCUCGGUCAGGUGGCAAUGAAGUCAGACCUGAAUCGACAGUACUUGUUAUCGGGGAUACUUCACUACGGUCUGCGAAACAGGAGAUUUCUAAUAUCCGAAAUUUCAAAGCGUUUCAGGAAACAACAUGGGUGCAUUUCGUCUGUCAUGGAUUUUUAGAGUCAAAGCCUUUCAGCUCUUCGUUCAAACUAUUGGACCAUGGGCUAACAUUUCUCGAUACCGUCCAGGCGAGUCUUCCGCGUGCGGAGUUUGCAUUUCUUUCUGCCUGCCACACCGCUGAACAACCACAUAACGGUGCACACGACGAAGUCCUUCAUCUUGCGGCAGCCAUGCAGUUUUCUGGCCUCCGAAACGUAAUUGGUUCGAUGUGGGAGCUACUCGACACAGACGGUCCUGCAUUUGCUAAGACUGUCUAUGAGUACAUAAACGAAUGCGAGGAAGGUGAGGCGAAGCAUAAGAGGGCAGCUGCAGGACUUCGGAAAGCGGCCUUAGACCUGAAAGCACGGAGUGACAUUAAGGCAGAAUUUUGUGCACAUCGGCGCUUGAGUGGAACCAGAAAAAUUUAG